AUGAGAAACCACAGUGUUGUUUCUGAGUUCAUCCUCUUCGGGCUGUCUGCUGACCCCCAGAUCGAGGCUCUCCUCUUUGUAGUGUUCCUUGUUAUUUACCUCCUGACCCUGAUGGGGAACCUGACGCUGCUGCUGGUGAUUAGGGCUGAUUCUUGCCUCCAUACCCCCAUGUACUUCUUCCUGGGACAGUUGUCCUUCCUGGAUCUCUGCCACUCCUCUGUCACUGUGCCCAAGCUGUUGGAGAACCUCCUGUCUGAGAAGAAAACCAUCUCAGUAGAGGGCUGCCUGGCUCAGGCCUUCUUUGUGUUUGCCACUGGGGGCACUGAAUCCUGCCUACUCACUGUCAUGGCCUAUGACCGCUAUGUUGCCAUCAGCUCCCCUCUGCUCUAUGGCCAGAUGAUGAACAGACAAUUGUGUAUGGGGCUGGUGUGGGGCUCAUGGAGCAUGGCUUUUUUGGAUGCUCUUAUCAAUAUCCUUGUAGCUCUCAAUUUAGACUUCUGUGGGGCUCAAAAUAUAUACCACUUCAGCUGCGAACUGCCUUCUCUCUACCCUUUGUCUUGCUCUGAUGUGUCUGCAAGUUUUACUGCCCUGCUCUCCUCCAGCCUCCUGCAUUUCUUUGGAAAUUUCCUCUUGAUAUUUUUCUCCUAUGUUUGCAUUUUGUUCACCAUCCUGAGUAUCAAUGCUACCACAGGCAGAAACAAGGCCUUCUCCACCUGCUCCUCCCACCUCACUGCAGUGAUCUUCUUUUAUGGCUCAGGAUUACUCCGCUAUCUCAUGCCAAAUUCAGGAUCCACUCAAGAGUUAAUCUUCUCCUUGCAGUACAGUGUGGUCACUCCUAUGCUGAAUCCUCUCAUCUACAGCCUAAAGAACAAAGAGGUGAAGGCAGCUGUGAGAAGAAUUUUGAGAAAACGUGUCUAG